UAUUUGCGUUUAAUUUAGUUUAUAAUUCGUUUUCAAUCAAAGGAAACAUGCUGUGGCAGUAUUUAUUAUUUUUGGAAUUUUUCAAAGCUGUGUUAUGUGGAUACCAACCGACAGGUGAGGAGGUACAGCCUGGCAGUGUGCUCCUACCAGCUACCAGACGAGGCAGAUAUCUGGCUAACAUCGUGAGGAGGCAGGCGGUGGACGGAACGAGAAUAAAAUUCAACAAAGAUGCGGACCGGAUGAAUGCUGAGGCUAAGAAGAAGGUGGAUGUGUUAUCGGAGGAGCUGCUGCCGUACAUCAUUGCGGAGCAAGAGCGUCGCACCACGCUAUACAAGCGCGUUAUGACGGCCAUACAGAACGCUGAGAAGGGCGUCACCGUAGCUGAGAUCCGUGGGAAGCCACCCCUCAUUAUACGGAAAGGUCUAUUAUACCGCUGCCCAGCCAACCGCGCGCCAAAGGAGCCGGAUGGUUCAGGAGUAUUGAUGUGUGAAGAGGAGGUGGAACCCACGCAAGUGAUGUACGACUCCUGCCUCAGCGCAGAGGAUAAAGAACUCUACGUCGCUGAUAAUAAGUACUUCUUUUGCAACCGACACAAAGUAGAGGGGCCAGAUCUGCCCCGGAAUGGCACCACUGUGAUCGGUUGCGCGCCCAUCGAGAGGACCUCACUCAACUACACCGCCAACAAAUGUGCUCUAGAGGACACGGACGAUGUGGUGGUGCACUACCGAUACUAUCCUGACAGGAGCUACAAGUUCGUGACAGAGCUGGACCCAGAUAGAGAGGUCUGCGACCACUGGAACCCGUGUCAGAUUGGCUACAUCUUCAGCCUACCCUCGCCAGACCAGGCGCUGAUGGCUAAUGAGCUUUGGCAUGAUUAUGAGGACUCCAGUGAGGAGUUUGUUCCAGCAUCAAUCACCAACUACACCAGCAGCUCCAGGCGUCUGGCGAUACCUGAAGGAUACAAAUUCACGCACAUCGAGUAUGUCAAUUUGACUGCGGAUGAGAAAAUUACGUUCCGGAAACCAGAGAAACAAUUGGGUACAAAACUAAGUGAGAACCACUACAAAGUGAAAUGGAGUGCCGACGGUAGAUUCGUCACCAUCACCCUCGCAUUUCCAAAAUGGGGGCCCGAGGAGAUUGGAGUGUAUUUAGUAAGAAUACAGCAAAACAACGUCACCGACCACUGGGAGACCUUGUAUUAUUGGAAAUUAUCUAGUGGCAAGGCAGCGUUGUCGAUUCGCUCCCUAGAACUAAUACCGGGGCAAAGCAAAAACAGGACGAACAUAGCGUACCGGUGCGACAGGUGUCGGCUGUUAAGCGUUAUGGUACGCACCGCUGACAACAACAUAUACAAUCUGGACUCGUCGAAGUAUAAGAUACGGGAUUAUAUUGAUGGAGCUGGCAAACGCCAACAAUACUUGGAACUCGAAAUUGAAGGGAUGCGGCCACAAGACUUUGGCGACUACUUCGCCAUCAUCCAGAACAAGGACGGCAUAGAGGAAAGAGUUAAAAUGCUGACUGUUCUAUCUCCAGAUCAAGAUAAUGAAAACGAAAUAAGGUCUAACCGUCUAGCCGCCUCGGUGGAUGUGGGGUCCAGCUUCGAGCAAACACUGAAUUACUCGUGUGUCGAAUGCUCACUCAGCGACGUGCUCUGUCGUGGAGACAGCGCGCUAGCGUGGGGCAAGCUCGCUGCUAUACCUGUCACCAAGAUGCUUAACUUCAACUUUCCUAGCUUCGAAGAUCAUUUCUCUUGCGUCUACGUGGGAGUGUUUGAGAAGCACAAAAAAAUAUACAGGAAAAUCUUAGCUGUCAUCGAAAAUAAUUCUCCUUCGGUGACGAUCCACCAGGUGGAACUAAUACCUCCUCCGAAGGAAGGCGAGCCAUUUCAACACGAGGUCUCUUUCACCUGCGACAGCUGUUCUGCUGAAAAGGUAUUUGUUAACGGGAUACCUCUGGAGACAUCUCUUCGAAGAAACACCGUCGGUUCCUUUGCAUUUUAUACGGCCACACCAUCGUCGAUCACAGUGCAUUUCACGGAGUACUCGCCCACAUAUGAAGGGGUCUACCAGGCACAGUUUGUAGUUGAAGGGGAGGUUAUCACCAAAACCAUCUUCGAGAUAGGUAACGGAGAUCACCCUCCAGAAAUUGCUACCACAACCGCACCACAGAUAACUGAACAAGACGAUGUACCAUCAAGUACAAAAAUUCCUGACACCAAGGAGGGGCUUAUAAUAGCAACGACUACAGUUAGCAAAUGAAAAUAAAUUAAGUAUAGCCAUAAGUGAAUAUGAAUAAAAUAUUUUAAAAUAAA